GACGACCCAGACAAGUUUUCAAGAUGCGGGCGCAAGUUUUCCGAGCCGGGCAGGUUGCCAACCGCGGACCUCACCUCUUCUCCUCCCUCCGCCACCCGUCGACACUCUCCCGGAGAUGUCUGGCCACAACGCACGAUGUGCCGUCCGCCCACAACGUCGAUCUCGCCUCGCGCACACCGCCGUACCCGAAGCUGCUCGCGCGCCUGGAGGAAGUGAGGAGAGUGCUGGGCUCGUCGAGACCAUUGACGCUCGCGGAGAAGAUUCUGUACUCGCAUUUGGAGAGCCCGGAGGAGUCGCUGCUGUCCAAUACCAAUAAUGGCCGGGAUAUUCGCGGCCAGGCCAACUUGAAGCUCAAGCCUGAUCGUGUUGCGAUGCAGGAUGCGUCGGCGCAGAUGGCGUUGCUGCAGUUUAUGUCUUGUGGGCUGCCGUCUACGGCCGUGCCGGCGAGUAUUCACUGUGAUCAUAUGGUGGUGGGACAAAAUGGCGCGGAUGCGGACUUGCCAAUUUCGAUCAAGGAAAACAAAGAAGUCUUCGACUUUCUGGAGUCGGCGGCCAAGAAAUACGGGAUUGAGUUUUGGCCGCCUGGUGCGGGGAUUAUCCAUCAGUCCGUGUUGGAGAACUACUCUGCUCCCGGUCUUAUGAUGCUGGGAACAGACAGUCACUCGCCAAACGCUGGCGGUCUGGGAGCCAUUGUCAUCGGUGUGGGUGGUGCGGACGCGGUUGAUGCUCUCGUGGAUGCGCCGUGGGAGCUGAAGGCGCCCAAGAUUCUGGGUGUUAAGCUUGUUGGUGAGCUCAGUGGAUGGACGUCUCCAAAGGACGUUAUUCUGAGUCUGGCUGGCCAACUCACUGUCAGGGGAGGCACUGGAUACAUCAUCGAGUACUUUGGACCCGGUGUUCAGACACUGAGCUGUACUGGCAUGGCGACAAUUUGCAAUAUGGGCGCUGAAGUCGGCGCGACUACCUCGCUUUUCCCCUUCUCUCCCGCUCACAUUCCCUACCUCAACGCAACACAUCGCGGACCGAUUGCCCAAGCAGCCUCAGAUAUCGCAAAGCUGCCCAUGCAACGCAACCUUCUGCGUGCCGAUCCCGAAGCCGUCUACGACAAGGUCAUCACCAUCAACCUCUCCGAACUCGAGCCUCACAUCAACGGACCCUUCACGCCUGACCUCUCGACGCCCUUGUCAAAGUUCAAGUCUGUCGUGGAAGAGAAGGACUGGCCUAGGACGUUCGGCGCAGGCCUGAUUGGCAGCUGCACGAACAGCUCGUACCAGGACAUGACCCGGUCUGAGGAGCUCGUCAAGCAAGCUUCUGCUGCUGGUCUGAAGCCCAAGGCGGACUUCUUCAUCACGCCUGGCAGCGAACAGAUUCGAGCAACUCUCGACCGUGAUAACACUCUCUCGACGUUCUCUGCCGCCGGCGGGACCGUUCUGGCAAAUGCUUGUGGGCCCUGCAUUGGACAGUGGACGCGCACCGACGGCAUCAAGAAGGGCGAGGCCAACGCCAUCCUGACCUCGUACAACCGCAACUUCCCCGGCCGCAACGACGGAAACCGCGCAACCAUGAACUUCCUCGCCUCCCCUGAACUCAUCACCGCAAUGGCGUACUCGGGCGAAACGACAUUCAACCCCAUGACGGACAGCAUCCCCACGCCCUCAGGCACACCCUUCAAGUUCUCCCCACCAAAGGGCUCCGACCUCCCCUCCUCCGGCUUCGCAACCGGAAACCCCGCCUUCCUCCCCACCCCCGGCAUCCCGGACCCCACAGUAAACGUCCUCGUCUCCCCCACCUCCACACGCCUCGCCCUCCUCGACCCCUUCCCCCCCUUCCCCCCCACAGAGCUCACCUCCCUGCGCGUCCUCUACAAAGUAAAAGGCCAAUGCACAACAGACACCAUCUCCGCCGCUGGCCCCUGGCUAAAAUACAAAGGCCACCUCCCCAACAUCAGCGAAAACACUCUCAUCGGCGCAGUCAACGCCGCUACCGAUGAAGUAAACACCGCUUACGAUAUCGAUGGCACGCAGUCUAGCAUCCCCGCUCUCGCGAAGCGCUGGCGCGAUAAAGGCCAGGAGUGGCUCGUCGUCGCGGAACACAAUUACGGAGAGGGAUCUGCCCGCGAACACGCUGCCCUCCAGCCAAGGUUCCUCGGCGGUCGUAUCAUCUUGGCUAAGUCGUUUGCGCGCAUCCAUGAGACGAAUCUUAAGAAGCAGGGUAUUGUCCCGCUGACGUUUGCGAAUGAGGCGGAUUAUGAUCUGCUGGAUGCGUGUGAUGAGGUGGCGACGCGCGGGUUGUUGGAUGUCCUGCGUAGUGGGGGGCAGGGCGAGGUGGAGAUUUUGCUUAAGAAGGGGGGCAGGGAGACGGUGGUUAGGACGAGGCAUACGCUUAGUCGGGAUCAGGCGGGGUUUGUGCUUGCGGGGAGUGCGCUGAAUCUUUUGGCGAUUAAGGGGGGGAGGGGGGAGGUGGAGAAGAGUGGGUAG